AUGUCUGGAGAUAUUGAGGUUCAAGCUACAGUAACCAUUCGUAUCAUACGCUCUUUUGAACAUCGUAACAUCAGAAAUUUAGUACUUCACAAUAUAAAUCUCAGUCAAACGGUUGAAGACUUCAUAGAGUUAAUAAAGGACAAAUUGAAGUCAGCAUCCUCUCUUCCUCCCCCCUUUCACAAUUAUGCCUUUGAUACCUUAAAAAUUGAGACACAAGCUCAUGGCUUCAAGACCAAUGAUCCUGUAAUUAACAGAGAGGAUGAUGUCAAGCUAAUUUUAAAGCCUCACCUUCGAUUGAAAGACUGUGGGGUUAAGCAGGAAACGGAAAUAAACUUUUUCAAGAUGGAAGACUACCUUAAAUAUAAAGAAAACCCAGUGCUUGUGUGGUAA